GAGGCGGGCGGCGCCCGGGCCUGCAGGGUGGUGGCCGUGUCCUCCGCGCGCCUGUGCGCGCGCUACCAGCGCGGCGAGUGCCGGGGCUGCGACCAGCUGCACUUCUGCCGCCGGCACAUGCUGGGCAAGUGCCCGCACCGGGACUGCUGGUCCACCUGCAACCUUUCCCACGACAUCCACACCCCUGUCAACAUCCAAGUUCUGAAAAACCACGGGCUUUUUGGCCUCAACGAAGCCCAGCUUCGGGUCCUGCUUUUGCAGAAUGACCCCUCCCUUUUACCAGAGGUCUGUCUGCUGUACAACAAAGGCGGCGAUCCCCUCUACGGUUACUGCAACCUGAAGGACAAGUGCAACAAAUUCCACGUCUGCAGAGCCUUUGUCAGGGGAGAGUGCAGAUCCCAGGCCUGCACCCGGUCCCAUCAGCUUGUUCACGCCGCCGCCCUGAGCCUGCUGCAGGACCAAGGACUGAGCAUCCCAAGUGUUGUGAAUUUUCAGAUCAUCGCUGCCUACAAGCAUAUGAAGCUGCACCAGAGGCUUGAGCAGAAAGAUGACUUGGCUGCCGCCCCUGAGCAUCCACGGAGCCCUGGGAAACGAGGAGCCGGCCCGGCUGGGGCUGCGGAAACCAGGCCUCCUGCCCCUGUCGCUGCUCAGUCGGCCCCUAGGCCGCGCCCAGGUAACCCCUGCAGGGCAUCGGGGCCGCCGGAAGCGGCGCGUCCAUCCAGGAAGAUCUGAAAGCAGGGCUUCUGCUGCGCUCUGCAACCGCGCAUUCCUUGGUCACUCGCUGGUGCUCUGAUGACACCUACCUCAGCGAUUACAGACGGAAGGGAGAACAUCCACCGGGAGGAGACGGAUGGGUGUGUGGGGAUGAGGCUGCAUGCAGAGCUGACAAAAAGAGGGCACGAGUUGAAUGCAAAGCCUCGGGGUGUUCCAAGCGCCUUCCCCGGCCUGCGGGGGGGAGCUUUGCCAAGGGUUGGUUUCUGCAGACCUCCAUUCGCUGCCAUCCAUCCGCAGUCACGGUUUACACUGUGAUAAUCAUACACAAGUUUUUACUUAGCUGUUUCAGAAACGUCUUUCCAUGUUUGUUCACAUUUACACAUAAUCUUGUUUUAUGCACACAUCCAUUAAUAUAUAUCCUAGUUUAACUACCUUCUCUUGUUCUGGCCUGUUUCAAUUCUAACAAAUUUUAAAUGUAACUCUUUAUAAAAUCUGCACAGUAUUGAAUUUAUAAAACCGUUCCUUCCUUUUGCUUAGCUUAUGGGUGCUACAUAACAAUAUCUUCUUCAUAAUAUUCAGAGUACCUGCAUCCUGUAGGCAUUGAAUGCAUUUUCCACAUGACCUUUUAUUGCUGAGCCUCCCUCUGUGCUAAUGUGGGGUGGCCUUUAAUAGUCUCAGGAGGGUAUCAACCAUUCUGUGUGGGUGAAAGCCAAGUUUUGGGGGUCCAUCCUCAACCAGCCCCACAAAGCAAAUAGUCUUGGGAUUCUCAGCAGAGAUUUCUACCUCACCUCUUUACUUUUCAUCUUUUAUUGCGCUUUUACCAAAGCCCACCUGCUAUAGUUUGAAAGAUGCGCACGCAGGUCAUCUGUUCUCCCACAUUGUAUCUUUUCUUUUUGUGGAUGGGGAUGGACCCUCAGAAAUCUAUAUACUCACCUUCAUUGUGCUGACUUCACCUUCCUGUCUGACCCCCACGCCCUGUGGGAUUCAUCAGGCUAUGCAGAGAUGUGCUGAGCUUUGUUUGUAUCAAGGUACCAUAGCUGAUGCAAUGCUCUGUUGUGCUUGUAGUAAUGUCUCAAAUGUCACUGGAUAAAGUGCUUGGAAAAAAAAAAAAAAAACUGUCCCGUAAUGACACAAAAUUUAAGAAAUAGGGAUAAUAUAGUGAGUUUUUGUAUGGCUGGGUUUAUUUAAUUUAGGGAAAUUUUAUCAUGAAAUGUUCUUUUCUGUUGGGAGAAAGAAUGCAAAACUAUCCUUUCUUUCUUCCUUUUUUUUUU